AUGAGCAAAGAUGAGAAGAAGAAGAUGAACCUCACCAUCAAGAGAUUCCUCAUCUACACCAAGCCCAACCGCAAGAAUAAGAGCAAGAGCAACACCUAUGUUAUCAAAAAGAAGACCAAUGUACCCCUUCGAUUCCGGUCAAAAGAAAUUAGAAGCCCAUCCGCUACUCAUCUCACUACUCAUCUCCUGCGCCCGAGCCAUACCUCCGCCGACCGCCGCCGGCGAGAUGGACGCGGACGGAGGCGCCGGACUGGGCGGCGCGGCGAGGGAGACGCCUGUCGGCCUGGGCGCCGCGCCGAGGGACCCCCCCGCCGGCAUGGGCGCUGCGGAGAUGGAAGGGGCAGCCCCCGCCGGCCUAGCCGCCUCUUUUCCCGCGCGGUGGCCUCCUCCCCCGCCUUCCGCCGCCACUUUCGCGACAUCCACCGGGCGCCCCUCCUCGGCCUCUUCUUCGAGACCCCCAGCGUCGGCCAAGCCCUUGCCGUCCCUGCCUUCCCCUCCUUCAUCCCUGCCCGCCGUUCCGACUGGGAUCUGGCCGCCGCCGUACGCGGCGGCGACUUCUUCCUCACCUCACUCCAGGAGCGCCCCGGCGGUCCCCACGGCUGGGACAUCCUCGACUGCCGUGGCGGAUACAUCCUCCUCAGGAACGACGAAGAGGAGAUAAUGGCGGUAUUGAAUCCCUUGGCACGGCGAAGAGAGCGGUUCUUUGAUCUUGCCCAUGAGGACACCCUCCAAGGUCACCGCGGCUACCCCGUUGUGUGUUAUAAUGCCUGCUUGCUCUGCUCCGACGAAGACCCCUUGUCGUUUCGAGUGGUGCUUCUUGCACAUGAUGAGUCCAGGGUACGGGCUACAUUCUUCUCCUCCGACACCAAUGAGUGGUCGAUUCUGCCGUGGGUCAAUGUCCCCGCGAGUUCAAGCCGUAAGAAAUUUUGGCUUCUGGAUAGCAGCAUGCAAUCAAAGGGGUUCUUGUACUGGGUUUACAAGAAUCGCAAGUAUAUGAUCACACUUAAUACAGUCACAAUGGAGUUUUCUGUCGAUGAGCUUCCUCAGCUCCUGAAGAAUGAGCAUUGCAGCUUUGUGGUUGGUGAAACAAGUAGUGGUGCACGCUGUAUUGUCUAUGCUAUUGAUUUCUGUGUUGGUUUGUUAUUGCGCAGAACAGAGAAUGGCAUCAUUGAGAGGUGGGACCUGCAAUGGGCUGCCCGUUUAGAUACCCAGCUUGAUCAGGUCCUCGGCGAACUAAUCAGUGUCUAUGAUGAGCUGCAAGUUGUAGCAGUCAGGGAUGGCUUUGCAUACUUGGCAACAUCAGAGAAAUCAGAUGAUACCCAGACUCCUAGUUGGUUCUUGUCCUUCUGCUUGCAAACAAUGGAAUUGGAAAAGCUGUUUCAGAGGACGUAUGACGCUGGUGUUUACCCCUAUGUUAUGACAUGGCCUCCUUCUUUAGUUGGUAACUAUGGGAGUUUCGCUCUUGAAGAUGCUACACAGAAUGCAAUAACUGGCCAUCAGAUGUGAAUGUGAUACAAGGAAUAAGAAAUGGAGAAGCCAGCGAAACCAAGCACUGGUUGUUGUUUGCAAGGAAACUAACAUACCCAAAUGCAGAUGCAUCAUGCUGACAAAUCAAACCGUAAUCCAUGAUGCCGAAGAUUCAGUCACCACUCGCUAGUCAGUUAUCCUAUGCUUUGCUGUUUUGCACUGGUUAUUGUUUUACCAUUAGUGAGCUCUUUUUCAGUGCUGAUCUGAUGAUUCUGGACUUUAUUUUAUUCUGUAUGCCCAUCAUAGCUAGCUGUUGGGUUACACUAUUAUUAGGAGUCUCUUUUGUUGUCUGUCUGUAAGAUCCUUUAUCCAAAGAGAACAGUGGCUAUGUAUCUUUGUUGCAACAUUAAAUCUUAAGAUUACUGCUACCUGUUACUUAGGCUUCUCCAA